CGGAGGCGCGGGCGGCGGGUGCGCGCGCGGGGCGCGCGCAGGCACAAGUAGUUUACAUUGUUGGGCGACUUUUGCAACAACUCGCCGCGCCGCGGCCUCCGCGCGCCGCCGCCGCCGCUGCCGCCGCCGGCUCCCCGCCGCCCGGGCUCCGGGCGGGCCGCGCCGGGGGCCGCCGCGCUGCCGCCCUGCUGCUCCGCCGCCGGCUGGGCAUGAGUUAGUCGCAGACAUGGACACCAAACAUUUCCUGCCGCUCGACUUCUCUACCCAGGUGAACUCUUCAUCCCUCAACUCUCCAACGGGUCGAGGCUCCAUGGCUGCCCCAUCGCUGCACCCCUCCUUGGGUCCAGGAAUCGGCUCUCCGCUGGGCUCCCCUGGGCAGCUGCACUCUCCUAUCAGCACCCUGAACUCCCCCAUCAAUGGCAUGGGUCCGCCCUUCUCUGUCAUCAGCUCCCCCAUGGGCCCGCACUCCAUGUCGGUACCCACCACACCCACAUUGGGCUUCGGGACUGGUAGCCCCCAGCUCAAUUCACCCAUGAACCCCGUGAGCAGCAGUGAGGAUAUCAAGCCACCACUAGGCCUCAAUGGCGUCCUCAAGGUUCCUGCCCAUCCCUCAGGAAAUAUGGCCUCCUUCACCAAGCACAUCUGUGCUAUCUGUGGGGACCGCUCCUCAGGCAAACACUAUGGGGUAUACAGUUGUGAGGGCUGCAAGGGCUUCUUCAAGAGGACAGUACGCAAAGACCUGACCUACACCUGCCGAGACAACAAGGACUGCCUGAUUGACAAGAGACAGCGGAACCGGUGUCAAUACUGCCGCUACCAGAAGUGCCUGGCCAUGGGCAUGAAGCGGGAAGCUGUGCAGGAGGAGCGGCAGCGGGGCAAGGACCGGAAUGAGAACGAGGUGGAGUCCACCAGCAGUGCCAACGAGGACAUGCCUGUAGAGAAGAUUCUGGAAGCUGAGCUCGCUGUCGAGCCCAAGACUGAGACAUACGUGGAGGCAAACAUGGGGCUGAACCCCAGCUCACCAAAUGACCCUGUUACCAACAUCUGUCAAGCGGCAGACAAGCAGCUCUUCACUCUUGUGGAGUGGGCCAAGAGGAUCCCACACUUUUCUGAGCUGCCCCUGGACGACCAGGUCAUCCUGCUACGGGCAGGCUGGAACGAGCUGCUGAUCGCCUCCUUCUCCCACCGCUCCAUAGCUGUGAAAGAUGGGAUUCUCCUGGCCACCGGCCUGCACGUACACCGGAACAGCGCUCACAGUGCUGGGGUGGGCGCCAUCUUUGACAGGGUGCUAACAGAGCUGGUGUCUAAGAUGCGUGACAUGCAGAUGGACAAGACAGAGCUGGGCUGCCUGCGAGCCAUUGUCCUGUUCAAUCCUGACUCUAAGGGGCUCUCAAACCCUGCUGAGGUAGAGGCGCUGAGGGAGAAGGUGUAUGCGUCACUAGAAGCGUACUGCAAACACAAGUACCCCGAGCAGCCGGGCAGGUUUGCCAAGCUGCUGCUCCGCCUGCCUGCACUGCGUUCCAUCGGGCUCAAGUGCCUGGAGCACCUGUUCUUCUUCAAGCUCAUCGGGGACACGCCCAUCGACACCUUCCUUAUGGAGAUGCUGGAGGCACCACAUCAAGCCACCUAGGCCCCCGCCGCCAUGUGCCGGUCCCGUGCCCUGCCUGGACACAGCUGCUCAGCUCCAGCCCUGCCCCUGCCCUUUCUGAUGGCCUGUGUGGAUCUUUGGGGUGCAGUGUCCUUAUGGGCCCAAAAGAUGCAUCACCAUCCUCGCCAUCUUUACUCAUGCUUGCCUUUGGCCCAGGGCCAUAGCAGAGCUGGUGUGACACCUGGCCAGCUCCUGCUCUACAUCAGGCUCUAAGGCUAUGCUGCUGUCACCCCGAGGGUCGUGGGGUGACAUGGGGCCUUCAGCACCUGGAGCUGCAAGAGCUGGGAGAAGGGCUUGUUAUGGUUGCUGGUUGCUGUCGCUGGUUCUCGACAUCCCACAUGGCACCUCUGUUUGGAGUGCCCCAUCUUUGCCUGUUCAGAGUCCUGGUACCCAGCUAGGGUGGGAAUCCACCUGGGAUCAAGAAGGAGCAGGUGGGGCAGGUCGUAUCCUCCUGGGUCAUAGCUAACCUAUAAAGCCUCUUUCCAAAGAUGCCCUGAGAUAUCACUCCAAGCAGGAUUCUGGGACCACCUUGAGGCUGCGUGGGCUGGAGGUCCUCUGUCAUGUCCCCCAGUUCCUUUUUAUGUCAUCGUCCCUCAUCAUGUCUCACCAACCCAGGGUUAGCCAACUAUAGUAGCCUGGCUUUUCCCUAUCACAGAUCUUCCUUUCUGGUCUUCAAGAUGGCACUACCGAUCAUCCUGGAGGACUGCCCUGGCUCACGUAAAAUGGGGUUUCCACUUCAGUGGUCCUGUGGGACACUGGGCAUCCUGAGGCUCAGGGAGGAGAGGAGGGCUGUUUUCUGGUUUUGGGGAAGGUGGCCUGAGGGACUUGGAGAUGAACCAUGAAGGCAUGGCAGGUGACUGUCCUGGUGUGACUGAGUCAGCAGGCUCUCUGUGGGACUCUAGCAUGGGCCCUUUCUUGGACUGGCCACUUCUGUUAGAAUCCUGACAGACAGGGACUUUCUGGGACUCCCUCUGGUAUGGUGGUAUCUGUGGACAGUGUUUGCUCAGAAUCUGACCCAAUGGUUCUGUCAUGCCUGCUCAGGUGGCUGGCUGCAGACUCAGGCUUCAGCCCUGUCCCAUGUGGCUCUUGAGUGUGCCUCUCCAGUUGACCAGCCUUGUUUGCACUGUGGAGCCUCUUUGGGUGUCAGUCUUCAUGAUCUAGUCUCAGACUCCAGGGCCCAGGUUUGUCAGGAGCAGGUGCCUUAGUGGGUAUGGCCAUAUUGCCUCCCCAAUAACUGGUCUCUCAUGAGGUAGGAGGGGGAAGGCCCUCACAAAACAGACCAUCUAGGGGAUUGGACCUAGAAGUGGUGGGUGGGAGAAUCCAGUUUCCUAGGCUCUGUGGGGAAGGACACAUUGCUUUUCCAUCUUUUCAAAAUCCUAAACCAUAACCGGCAGAGGCAGCCAUAAAAGAUUCCAGAAACAUCUUCUCUGUAUCCCUUCUCUCCAUGUAGUGGCAUGGGAGCUGACUGUGGAGACAGCACAGUUCCCAGGACCCGCUGGCUGCCCCUUUCCUAGGCUUUGCUAGAAAAUCUGUACAGCCUUUGGGGCUAGUAGCAUCAGGUGGAGGAGCAGAUUCCCUAGUCCAUAACCAGCACCGUGCCUUCUGCAGACCCCCCUCUUCCAUUGUUCAUGCCAGCCCCAUUCCACACUGUGCUCUGUCCCUCUGAGCCACAGAGCAUGCACAGUGGCUCCAGCAGAGGAAGUCCUGGGGCUGAGCCAUGUCUGGGCUUGGCUGGCUAUCAGGCACUGGGGCCUUGGCCGCAAACCCCACUGGCCCACAUAGCCUUACCUGCCACUGCUUGUCACUAUAGAUUCCCUGGUGAGCUUCCUGCUCCUUUAGCCUCAUUGUCAUCGGGGGCAGUGUUGCUUGUUUGCAGCGGUGGUGUGGCGUGGUGUCACUAAGGAGAAAAUUGGAGCUUCAUUUAACCAGACCUUCAGUCGUGUUACCAAUUUGGCUUAAUUAUGAUUGUAACUAUUAUUGUUAUUAUUUUGGUGAAACAAUCUUUAAUUUUCUAAAGAUAGCACUAACAUCAGCUCAUUAGCCACCCUGCGCCCAUCCCCACCUCAACCUGAUUGGAUUGUUGCCACCAAUGGUCACGUGACUUCCGCAUUGCAGCUUCUGGGCCAUAUUCCUCAUGUGUGUCACCACCCUGCUUGGAGAUUCAUCUGGGGCUCCUGUGGCUGAGAAGUGAAGAUGACCACAGGGCCUGUGGCAGCUGCUGGCCUGUGUCACCCUGAAACAGUCACUGGGGGGAUUUGGCCCCACACCCUCAGUUUUCCAAAUUACAGCAUCCCCAGGAUCCUGGGCAACUUGGUGACAGUGCCAAGAGACACCCAGGCCCCCUCCCCUGGCAUCCCAGGAUAACUGGCGAAAGCAGGCAACCAAUGGCUAGUCAUCUGCUGUCCCCGUUGUAGAACUGGGGCGUGUGACCUGGUCUCCAUGCACAUAUGUGUAUGGUGUGAACAUAUGUGCUAUACAGAGACUGCCCACUGACGACGGGAGAUGCGGCACAGUUACUGAUGUUUUGUGUUCUUUUUAAUCAAGACUUUCCCAUUUUCCUGUACAUUUGCUUCUCGUGAGCAAGGACCUGAGGUCCCCUUCUGUGGGGAAGUCGGGCUCUGGGGACUCUCUGGAGGCAGGGGAUGCAUCUAUUUUCAGAUGCUUCAGGGCUGGAGUGCCCUGAACUCUAGCCAUGCCUUAGCUGGGAUGUGCGGCCACCGUGGGGAGGAGGCCGCGUCCGCAGGGAGUAAAGAUAGAGGAAUGUUUAACGCACCGGGAAGGGUAAAUGAAUCUAUUUUUGUACAAAUGUAAUUUUAUCCCUCAUGUAAACUGGAUGGCAUGGCGGGGGACCUGUUUUGUUUCUGCUUUGAGUGUCAAAAACUGUUGGGACACCCUGACGCUGAGACAGCAGAGGAGGCCCUUACCAGGAGGCUGAAGGCCCGUGAGAACAGCACAGACAGACAUUUCCUUCGGUGGGAGGGGGGCCACACGGGCAGGGUUUCCUUCCCCUUCUUGGUGAUUUGAACAGCCCUGCUCUGUCCUCGGUGCCUGCCUGCCUGCUGGCCUCUGACUGUGAACUGACUCCCUGCGGAACUGCUCACUGGGACAUUGUGGUGCAGACGCCGGGGGUUGAUGAACAGCAGUCUCAGGAUUGUAGAAAAGAAACAACAACGUGAGAGGAGAGACAAAUAUGAGCGUUUCAAAAUAUAUCUCCAUUCGGUUCUCA